AUGGCUGGAUCUCCCCCUGUGCACCCAGGCUUUGGGAACUCAGGGAAAAGCUUUCUCAUCGAAAACCUGUUGAGAACAGGUCCUGUCUUGGCCUCUGAGGGAAUAGCAGGUGGACAUCAAACAAGCACCCCGCUUGGAACCCAGAGGAGAACAUGGGGCCCACAGCACUUUGUCUACCAAGACCAGAGUCAAAACCCUUCACGAGUCAAAGACACAGGAGUGCGUCUACCACAUUUAGGUCUGCUGGGUGGUGUGUUCCUGCCAGGCCCUCCUCCUCCCUAUGUGCUGGCGUGCUGUGGUGGGUCCAGCCCCCCACCCAUCUUCUCCAAGGCACCCAACAUCUCCAUAUGGUCCCCGGACAUGAGUCCCAAAUCCAGAAGAGGAAUCCUGAGAAGAGCUGUGUUUUCAGAAGAGCAGCGGAAGGAGCUGGAAAGAACGUUCCGGAGGCAGAAAUACAUCAGCAAAACAGACAGGAAUAAACUGGCAGCUGACCUCAGCCUGAAGGAGACACAGGUGAAGAUCUGGUUUCAGAAUCGCAGGAUGAAGUGGAGGAACUGUAAGGAGAAGGAGAUCCAUAGCGGACGCUCCCCCAUGGAGGAGCUCAUGUCCAGGAGCUUCUCACAGGAAGAGGAAGUGCAACAGCAACGACCAGAGACCUCGGGGACAACGUCAGACACAUCGCUACCACAGAGAGACAAGGACCCCGGAACGAGCGUGAUAGAGCCUUGCAAGGAAGCUGUGACUCUCAAAGAGCCACUGACUCCCUGCAGACACUCACUUCCUGACCAGUGA